CUCGUGCUCACUCCCGCCGCUGUGUGGUAGAGAGCUGAUCGGACAGGCUGCUUAACUGCGGACAAAGAACCGGAGACAUGGAAAAUCAAUUGUGUAAGCUUUUUGUCGGUGGCCUUAAUGUUGAGACCACCGACGACGGUCUUCGCAAACAUUUCGAGCAGUAUGGGAAGCUGACUGACUGCGUGGUUGUCCAGAACCAGCAACUGAAGCGGUCGCGCUGCUUCGGCUUUGUGACCUACUCCACCGCGGAGGAGGCCGACGCCGCCAUGGCCGCCCGGCCGCAUGUAGUAGACGGCAACAACGUGGAGCUGAAGCGGGCCGUGGCCCGUGAAGACGCCGGAAAACCCGAGGCCCUGGCCAAGGUGAAGAAGAUCUUCGUCGGCGGUCUGAAAGACGACGUGGAGGAAGAGCACCUCCAGGAGUAUUUCUCCCAGUUCGGCGCAAUCGAAAAGGCCGAAGUGAUCAGCGACAAGCAGACCGGCAAGAAGCGCGGCUUCGGCUUCGUCUACUUCGAUGAUAAUGAUUCGGCCGACAAAGCGGUGGUGCUCAAGUUUCACACCAUCAAUGGACACAAGGUGGAGGUGAAGAAAGCCCUCACCAAGCAGGAGAUGCAGGCCGCCGGUGGUCGGAGCCGGGGCCGCGGCGGGCGGGGAAUGGGAAGGUCUCAAAAUGGCUACGGAGGCGGAAGAGGCGGCUACAGCUAUGGCGGCUACGGGGGGAACGAUGGAGGAUACGGCGGUGGCUACGGCGGGGGCUACGGCAGUGGGGGCGGAUAUGGUGGUGGCUACGGAGGAAGCGGCAGCUACGGCUACGGCGAUCAAAUGGGCGGCUACGGUGGAGGGAACGGCUACAGUGACUUUGGCAGCGGGUACGGCCAGCAGUCCUCCGGCUACGGCCCCAUGAAAGGCAGCAGCAGCUACUCCGGCCGCAGCAGCGCGCCUUACUCCCGAGGGGGCGGCGGUGGCGGCUACAGCCGAGGGGGUUACGGCGGCUCCUACUGAAUCCAACCCUGAAAGAGACUGGGCCCGGGAACACCCCUGGCGCCGAUGAUGGCCACUACCUUGGACCACCUUUUGAACACAAAUUGACCGCUGCUGCGUAGCGGGCGAUGCCCCCCCCGCAGAACAUCUCCGAUUCCAGGUAGGAAGACGCCCUUCCAGAAAUCUAGACACGCACGACCACCCCUCUAAGACCACCCCACUGCAGACUCCCCCAAACACUUAUUUGAUUAUGCUAUGUGGACGAAGUUUUUUUUAAAAAAUCAAACAUGUUCUGAAAAGUGGCGAAACUUAGCCCAGGUCUUUUGUUUGGGUUUUAUACCUAUUGUUUUACCAAGAUUCCUUUUUUAAACUCUGUAAUGUGGCCGGGAUUCGGUAGCGGUAGUCGGCUGGUACCAUGUGGCCGAAUAUAUAUGCUUUUGAAUACUUUGCGUUAAAACUUUUGGAGUUUCAUGCUUGUAAAGUUCACCGCAGUCGUUUAGCUGCAGUGCCAUCGGAUGUCUCUUUGCCAAAUGUUGUAUGACUAGUGAUGAGGGAUCAUUCGCCCUCGCCAGGCUGAGCUGAUUAUUUUCCCCCAUCCCUCAAAAUGCUUUCAUGUAUAUUGUAUAAUCUUGUUGCCGUUUAAAACACCUUAGCAUUGUUAAACAUUGGUAUGCAACUGUAUGUUUACCUUUUAAAAUAAAAACGAAGUGCAACUCCA